CAAACCCCCCCCACAACCAUGCCUCCACGCAUAAGAGCCGUCCGGCUCGCAUCAUGCCUCCUCCGGCCUUCCCUUCCGACCGCUUCGGUACACCAAUUCCUCGUGGCUACCGUGCAGCAACCGCAGAAGCGCAACGCAUCCAUCCUCUCCUCCCUCUCGGACAACCCAGGCGCCUACCACAAACGCAUUCGACGAGGCCGUGGCCCUGCUUCGGGGAAGGGGAAGACCGCCGGAAGAGGUCAGAAGGGUCAGCAUGCGCACGGAAAGGUGCCCGCGGGGUUCCAGGGCGGACAGACGCCGCUGGAGAUCACGAAGCCAGUGAGGGGGAGGAAUAAGUACAAUCCAUUCAAGGUCGAAAUGUCACCCAUCAACCUCGACCGCAUUCAGUCGUGGAUAGACCAGGGCCGCCUGAACCCCAAUGAACCCAUCACCAUGAAGGAAUUGGCAAAAUCACGGUGCCUGCACGGCGUGAAACGGCACGGCGUCAAACUGCUCGGCAGGAACGCCGAGGCCCUCACCUCCAAAAUCAACAUCAUCGUCUCCCGGGCCUCCGCCUCCGCCAUCGCCCGCGUCGAGGCCCUCGGCGGAACCGUAACCACACGUUUCUACAGCCCCACGUCCAUCAAGCGCGUCCUCCGCGGCGAGUCCCACCCGGCCAUCUCUCUCCUGUGUUCUCCCGAACUCGUCACCCGGGCCGCUAACUCGGCCAUCCUGUCCGCGCUGGAGGCGGACUCCAAAGCGGCGCUCACGGCGUGCGAUGUCCCCGAGGAAGUGAAGAACGAGGCUCUCCGCGCCGUCAUGGAGAAGGUGCGCGAAACGUACAAGUACAGGCUGCCCGACGCGACGGGUCGGACGGAUAUAGAGUACUACCGCGAUCCAGCACACAGGGGCUAUCUGGCGUAUACGGUGAAGGAGGGCGAGUCGCCGAGCUUGUUCUUCAAGCCGCCGGUGGGAACCGGGAGGGAUCAGAAGAAGCAGGCGGCGAAGAGGGAUGCGGCGAAGGCGAGUGCAGAUAAUAGGCUUUUCUAGGUUGUUUGAGGGGGUUUGUGAAGAAUGAGAUCCCGGGGCGGUUGUGCUGCGGUGAUAUACGCAUGACAGCAUCAGCCCAAAGCAUCCUGGUUCGAGAGAUACUCCUCCUGUUGGUAACAUACUGUUUGCCAUGCGGUUUGAAGGCGUGGAUACAUGGAGAGCGGGUCACCUGGCAUCCCAUGGAGCCUCUAUCCCUUUGUAAAGCAAUCUUGUAGUGUACCGUGUACUAUUUUCGAAAGAGAGAUGUAGGCGGAGCGAGCAUUUGUGACGAACAGGUUGUCAAGGGGUCAGAGAACGGUAGUGAAGGAUAUCCCCAUAACAUCAGAUCCGAUUAGAGUCGGGUUGUCCGACAGAACCAAGACGGCCCCUCACUUA